UUCGCGCUUUCUCACGCCGCUGCGCUGCGCCAUGCGGUGAGCGACUCGCCCGUCUGCCACGCCACGCCCGGACCGAGACACGCCCGACCUGCGUCGACCAGCCACACCCGGUUCCCACUGCUGCUCAAGAUGGCCAGAGGCAGCGCCCUCCUGCUAGGUUGGCUCCUGUUGGCGACCCUGUCAGCAACUCUGGCGCUUGGGAUGCCGGCAAAGGAGAAGAGAGGCUGGACACUGAACAGCGCUGGCUACCUUCUGGGCCCACAUGCCAUUGACAACCACAGGUCAUUUAGCGACAAGCAUGGCCUCACAGGCAAGCGGGAGCUACAACUGGAAGUGGAGGAAGGGAGACCAGGCAGCAUUGAUGGGCCCCUGCCUGAGAGCAACAUCGUGCGCACCAUAAUGGAGUUUCUGACUUUCCUGCACCUUAAAGAGGCUGGGGCCCUCGACAGCCUGCCUGGCCUCCCUUUGGCCACCUCCUCAGAAGAUCUAGAGCAGUCCUGAGACAACACCCACCGGCACCUGUGCCAUGUCACUCUAGGCAGAAUCUUCUGCUAACUCCUCAAGCAAACCCUCUGUUCUCUGCUGUGAUGCU